GUCAACUCCAGGCUUUUUUUCUACCGCUAUGUAUCCUGCGGUGGGUCAAUGAAGUCUCGCGAGAUUUCAGCGUGAGUAUAUAAGCGCGAGCGACAGUGGUUCAACGGGUUUUCCGAACUUCCCACAGAGAAACUGAACCGAAGUCCAACAGAAGAUGUCAGCUGGCAAAGCACAAAUCGGCAAACCUGCCCCUGACUUCACAGCCAAGGCAGUGAUGCCUGAUGGUCAGUUUAAGGAUCUGAAGCUGUCAGAUUAUCGAGGGAAGUACGUAGUUUUCUUCUUCUACCCUCUGGACUUCACCUUCGUGUGUCCCACCGAGAUAAUCGCCUUCAGCGAUGCGGCAGAGGAAUUCAAAAAGAUCAACUGCGAGGUCAUCGGUGCGUCUGUGGACUCUCACUUCUGCCAUCUGGCCUGGAUAAAUACCCCCAGGAAGCAAGGUGGCCUGGGGCACAUGAAGGUCCCUCUGGUGGCUGACACCAAACGAUCCAUCUCUCAAGACUAUGGUGUACUGAAGGAGGACGAAGGCAUCGCUUACAGAGGCCUCUUCAUCAUUGAUGAUAAAGGUAUCCUGAGGCAGAUAACCAUUAACGACCUUCCAGUUGGUCGCUCGAUCGAUGAGACUCUGCGUCUGGUGCAGGCUUUUCAGUUCACCGACAAACACGGAGAAGUUUGCCCGGCUGGAUGGAAGCCUGGAAAGGACACGAUCAAGCCCGAUGUCCAGAAGAGCAAAGAUUUCUUCUCCAAGCAAAACUAAACACGCAAGACUCUACACAGUAGUCUAACAAGCUCCACACUGGCACUUGUAUCAAACCUCAGUAACAAUUGUGACUCUGUUAAGCUUAAAAUUAGUGUGUAGGAUUGUAAUUGAUGUUUGUUGUGUGACUUUGUGAGAAAUGAUACUCAUGUAGAAGACUAUUUUGUAUGUUUGCACCUUCUCAUGUUUCCUUUGUAUGAGAGAUAUAUAAAAAAAAAAGAAGAAGAAGAAAAUGACAGACUUUUUUUUUAUUCUGGUUUCACUAAGAACAGAUUUUGUAACGCACGUUGAGGGCAUGACCGGAACUUGGGCAAGCUAGCUUGCCUGCAUUUCAUCCAGAGAAACACAGAUUUUUUUUUAAACGAUUUAAGUUAACUUCUGUAGCCUGAUAAAAUCUAUUAUUUAGGAUGUUUGUACAAUAAAUCUUAAAACUCAA